UCUUCUUGGGAAAGAAAGAAACCAUGGCUUCUUCAGGAAAUCAGAAAAAGCCAGGAGAAAAGCAAGGCACAUCAAGGCCUGAUAUACCAGUAGAGAGUAGCGAGAGCUGUUUUCUUGAUGCAGAACCGUCAACAUCGUUUAAACAUUCUACAUUGAACAUUUCUUCUCCAAGAAAUAACACCCCAAGUCGCGGGAAGAAAAAAUUAUCGCUAAGAAAAUUGUCAAUUGAAUCAUCCAAUCUCCCUUUGAAUGAUGACUGCACCGAACUCAAUGAAGAAAAGGAGAAAUCUAUUGCUGAAAAUGAAAAAUCUGUAAAUAAAAGUUCUAACAGAGCCAACGAAGAUGAGCCUGAUGUCUCCAUAAUUACAACUAUGACAGAGGAGCAAAUGAAUGAGCAUGUGACUCAAUGCCUCCAACUUAGCACAGAAAACAAAAUCAACACCAAGAAUGCAUUUGCACUCAAGCUCAUUGAUUGCAUGACGAUAAUAACAAAAAAUGAAGAUAAGAGCAACUUUGCAGCAAUGGCUUGUCAGCUAGAUGCAGGAGCCAAAAUAUAUUCUUCAAGAGUCGAUGCCGUGCAUCAGCAAGUGAUGAAACUUGUAGAAACAUGUAUGUAUGCUGAGAAGAAAGAUAACGACAAGGAUGGAGAUGAGGACAAUGGAGAGGGCACUGGCAAUGUUGAAAAGAAGAAAAAGCCUAAGAAGAAAGUAAUAACGACGAAUGACCAAAUAAGCAGGCUUCCAAAAGAGAAUGAUCCCAGAGACAAGUUUUUUAAAAUAGAAGCUCUUCCAGGGGAAAUACUUAAGAGAGCCAUCUACAAUCCCACAGACUUAUCUCUAACUUUAGAAAAAAAUAUACCAUUCUGGCCAGAUUUACAGUCAAAUAAACGUUUAGUAAUAGGAGGAGAACAAGAAAUCCCUUACAUAGAUACCAAAGAUCGAUCUCAGAGGACAAAACUAGACUUGGAGAACACCAUUGACAAGUCGUGUCUGCCCAAACUUUCUAUUUGUAAGAGGAGACAAUCUGAAGACGAAAUGGACCAAGAUUACGAGGGCCCCCUUGACAUAUAUGACUCGGACUCCAAUGAUGAGAACAACUUGGAGAUCAAUCAGAAAGAGGAGAAGGAUAUUGAAUUGAUUUCUGUUGCCAAGCUAAGGAUGGCAUCUGAAGGGAAUGUCCCAACAAGAACUGAAGUAAUGAAGACUUUGUUUCACACACCUGGAGAGAGUGAUUAUCAUUACUUGAAGAUGGAUAGUCACAGAUUCUGGGCUGGACCGGCUCAUUGGAAGCGCCCUCAAGGCAACCUAGUUGAGAACAAAAAGAAGAUGAUUCGCAAAAAGAAGGAACCUGCUGAGGUCCUCUACACCCAGCUUCAAGCAGAAAACGAAUCAGAAGCAAAAGGAGUGUCAAAAAAAUCCACCACUCUUUCAAAACGCACUACAGGAAAAUGGAGUGUAAAGAAAACUACACUCCCUCAAGAUAUACAUUUUGAUUUGGAGACAUUUCAUAAGGUCUUUCACAUGAAUGUUGUUGCUGAAGUUUUUUAUUUUCAUAACUUUCCAACAGAAGAAAAUGAAAAUCCCAACAAUGAUGAACCUAAUGAUAACAAUGAAGAUGCAGAAGAUAGCGGUGAAAUGUUAGUAGACAAUGAUAAUGGUUCACCCGAUCGCUCCUCUUCUCCGUAUGAGUUCCGUGGAUUCCCCUCCCCUUCUGAUGCAGGGUCAAGUUCUCCAUUUGAUCCUGAAAGGGGAUUUAGAGGAUUUCCUUCCCCCUCCCAGGAAGGGAAUGGUGGAUCAUCUCCUUUUGACCCUGAAAAUGGAUUUCGAGGCUUUGGAUCCCAGGAGGAUAUAUCAUUACCUGUUCCUGCUCAGUCCGAAGAGAAUGGAGGCGGGUCGGCUCAGCCCCAGGAGGUUUAUGAUGGGGACAAUUUAGUCCCAAUGGUUCGGACUGUAAGAGUAGAACCACUACGGUUUGUGGCCAAGCCAAGCCGAGUGGAUAUGCAGCACUUGAAGCAGGUUAUGCUGGGAAUCAUUCGCCGCGCUAUAGAAGACCGGGAAAAUGAACUGAGAAUCAACAAUGAAGAAAGCCCUCGAGGAUCUGUCAUGUUCAAAGAAGUUUUACAGGAAUUGUACAAUUCCGAGGCGCUCCAUCGUAGAACCAGACAGGACCUCACAAUGCAAAUGGCUUUUCUGGCUGUACUGAGUCUUGCUAAUGAGAAUAACUUCUCUAUGAAAUCUGACGACACUGGUGAUUUCUGUAUUUCUUAUGCUUAGUGUGUGAAUAAUUUCUCACCCUCUAAGUCUGCGUAAAUAAAAAAUAAUUUCACUGUGUAUUCAGCAUAAAGUUGAAACUUUGUUUUUCGUUUUUCAUUCUAAAUGAUGACAAUUGACCUAGAGGAUAAACUUUUAUUUUGUCACAUUGGUGUUAAUGCUUUAUGUGUUUUCUGGUCAGUGUUUUUAUGUUGUUGUUUGUUCCAAGUUGAUAUUCAUUACUUAUGUUUAAACUAAUUUAAAUAUAGGAUAUUGUUUGUGGGACUCACAAAUGUACUCUAUAAGGAUUUUCUAAUUUUGAUUAUUCUUACUUAAAAUAAGUGAAUACUUGACUUAUUUGUUAUAGGUAGGUUAAGUUCAGCUGUUGACAAAUGUCAAGGUAUGAUUUUUACCAAUUGAAGGUUAAAAGUAACAGCAAUGCCAAUGUCAACUGAUUGUUAAAAGUGACAUUUAAGAAAACUGAAAAUGUCACAUUUGUCUUUGGUUUUAUUUUAUAAUUUGAUUAAAUAGUUAACGUGUUGUCCACCUGAGCUGGCUUUAUCUUUGACCAAAGCAUAUGGUGAAAGUAACCAAAUUCUUUUGUAAAAACUGUUUUGUAUCAAGUUAAGUUGUAUAAGUAUAACUUUACUGUUUCUUAAA